GUCCCCGGCACGCCACUGAUGGCUUGACCGCGUACUCUUUCCCCGCUCCCCUCUCCCUCUCCCUCUCCCUCGUCCGCGACGGAGCUUUGCUCGCCCCGUACACAACCGCGACGUUUCCCGACCCCUCCACAUCCACCACCACCCUCCCUAACCCACCCCCCCUAUAACUCCCUAACCCGAGCUGACCGACGAGCCAACCGGCAGUGCCACUUGAGGAACAAACGACGAAUCCUAUUGAGCUCCCUCCCCACUGCCUGUGCCGCACGCACACGCGACCCCAGACGAUCCGCCGCUAGCUCCGGAGAAUCUGGUCGCCGCUCGAUUUCUUCUCCCGGUUGAGCGAGGCGUGCAAGCUACACCGUGCCCCCUUGCUCGCUCCCCGCCGGUUGGUUAACUAGCCGGCGACCCCGGCUCCAGAUCCUGCUUCAUAGGCUUCCUUUCUUGGAACCUGGUUCAGCUCCCACUUCUGGUUGCUUCCGAGGUGAAAGCAAAGACAGAGCACAAGAGCCCGAGUGUUAGCAGGGGAGCUAGCUAGCCUAGCAGACAUGGCCAUCGCCGCUGCCGCUGGCGCCUCCACCAUGUCCCUGCUCCCCAUCUCGCACCUCAAGCAGCUGCAGCUGCAGCGGCGCGCGCGCCCCGGGCGGGUGCUCGUGCUCGGCCGCCGGAGGCGAAACGUCGUGCCGAGGGCGCGGCUGUUUGGUCCGGCCAUCUUCGAGGCGUCCAAGCUCAAGGUGCUGUUCGUGGGGGUGGACGAGGAGAAGCACCCGGGGAAGCUGCCCCGGACCUACACGCUCACCCACAGCGACGUGACGGCGCGGCUGACGCUGGCCGUGUCGCACACCAUCCACGCCGCGCAGCUGCAGGGCUGGUACAACCGCCUGCAGCGGGACGAGGUGGUAGCCGAGUGGAAGAAGGUGCAGGGCGCCAUGUCGCUGCACGUCCACUGCCACAUCUCCGGCGGCCACUUCCUGCUCGACCUCAUCGCGCCGCUCCGCUACUACAUCUUCCGCAAGGAGCUCCCCGUGGUUCUGAAGGCGUUCGUGCACGGCGACGGCAGCCUGUUCAGCCAGCACCCGGAGCUGGAGGAGGCCACGGUGUGGGUCUACUUCCACUCGAACAACCCCAACUUCAACCGCGUCGAGUGCUGGGGCCCGCUCAGCGACGCCGCCGCGCCAUACGAUGACGAAGCCGCCGUCGACUCCCCAGCCGCCGACGCAGCCAUGGCGGCCACGGCGGUGAACACGGCCGCGGACGAGCAGGCGACGCGCGCGGGCCAGUGGCCGCGACGGUGCCCCGGGCAGUGCGACUGCUGCUUCCCGCCGGAGUGCCUCAUCCCCUGGCCGCACGAGCACGAGAUGGCCGCCGACGCCGGCCAGGCGCCGCCGCAGUGAAGCCGGACACAGAUUAGCCGGCCGGUCGAAUCGUUCAGCUCGCGAAGGUACAUACGUAGACGGAUGCAACGCAACGCGACGCAGCCCAUGCGGUGGCGGCAAGAGACCGCCAUCGCAUGCAUGCAUGCAUGCGCCGCGCUAUUCUUUAAUUGGUACGUAGCUUGGUAAUCAAUUAGCUCAGCCGUAGUGCAUUCUCAGGUUAGUCAGGUAUAAAUGUAACGCCAUGGUUUGUGGUAAUCUAGCUAGCUAGCUAGCCAAACCCAGGCUUUGUAAAUAAAAAUUGAAUGCAUUAUCAGUCGUCGUUGUUGUACGGGCAAAGAAAGGGACUCAUUCGGGGUGUACAUUUUAAGAUCGAUGCUGCAACAAGAUCCCACUGUUCAUCUGUACA